UGCCGCCCCGGCGCGCCAGCCACAUGGGAAACGCCACGCGCAAGCGCACGGUGGAGCCGGGAAUCGGCAUUCACCGCGCAAGCAAGAGGGCCUCGCCGUGGCCCACUGCGCCGGCGACUUUGGCGUAGUCCAAGGCGACGGGCUCCGAAGGCUCCUGCGGGGUGUUCGGGCCGGAAACUAGAUCGUCGCAGGCGCGGCGGCAAGAACGAGGCCCACCAACUUUUUUGGGGCUGCUGGCCGGCGCGGCAGACCGGCGGAGCUCUAUGUUGGAAGCGUUUUCCACGAUCCAAGAGGGGCACGGUGCCGAAGGCACUUGCUUGGGUUGGGUUGGGGGGCAAGAGGAAGCCCACGCAGGCCACCGCGAUCUGUCUGCUAAGAAAAGUGUCAAUGUCUGGAUUUUUCCCUUUGCAUGAGAAUAUGGUGGUGUUUGCCUUCGCUGUUGCCAUUAUUAUUUGCGGCCGCCCGGGCGCAUCGGCACGGCAACGGGUGGCGAGCGCCAAAGCAAAGUGUGUGGGCGCUGCGUGCGGGCAGGGCUUGCAUAGCACAAAACACAGCGGCCAUAUUAUGCCUCGGCGGCGCCUAAAACGGUGCGGUCUUUAG